AUGAGGGCUCUACUCCUGCUUGUCAUCCUCCUGGCCAUCCAGCCGGAGGUAUCAGGUAGACAACACGUCCUCCAUUGCAUGGGUAACAUGGGAAUCUGCAGAUCAUCUUGCAAAAAGACUGAACAGCCCUACCUCUAUUGUAGAAAUUAUAAAACAUGCUGCCUCCAGUCCUACAUGAAGAUAAACGUUAUUAGCAAAGAGGACAGACAUGAACAGAACAAAGUGGCCCGCUGGCCAAAAAUACCCUGAGCGCCA